UUUAAGACCUAUGCCUUUAAAAGGGUAGUUCCUCCCACAGGCUGCUUUAAAAAUCAUUGUUAUGGGGUGGAGCUGAGUAUAACACUGCCAACAAAAUUAAUAAGUAGUUGGUUCGGUUUGCUUGGGAACAUCUGGAGUUCAGAGGAUGAUAUAUAGCCGUAGGUCUCUGUAACCAUUUUAGAUACAUUGAAAGCCAGAUUAAAUUACUGGACUUAGCUGUUAUAUAGCCCUUACGAUCUUCUGUCUAUGGAAUGGAGUAAUCCUUCUUUUCUGUAGACUUGAAGCUGCCUCCCAGUGAAAUAUUUUUGUGAGCUUAUCUUGAAGUUAGCGGUACCUCUGUUUAUCCACAGAGGUAAGUAUGCUCUUUUGAUUAUUUUUGGAAAACCUAGCAACUUACAAGGUAUCUUUUCCUGCCUAAAGCCAAAGAAAAUUGGAAUUCUUAAAGACAGCUUAAGAAAAAUUGGUGGGUAAGCACAGUGCCAUCCAAUCACCUGCAGCUGCCUUUCCUCCACCCCCUCAGAGCAAGCAGCUUCACAGCACCUACUCCUUCCACUUUUUAAGGCAGAUAUUCAAGUAAAAUUCUCCUGAGCCAGUUUCUUUCUGCACCUAAAAGAAACAGAAGUGCAUAACCUGAAUACUGUUCGUUGGGCUUCAUCAUCCAAAAUGAUAACCUGCGGACCAGCCUUAUCGUUUGCCCGGUGCAUUUUGCGGAGAAAAAUUGUAACUUCAGACAGCCUUGAAGAAUCCAAAUUAUGCCGCUGUUUAUCCACUGUGGACCUUAUUGCCCUAGGAGUAGGAAGCACCCUUGGUGCUGGCGUUUAUGUCCUUGCUGGAGAAGUUGCAAAAGCAGAUUCUGGACCUAGUAUUGUCGUUUCUUUUCUCAUAGCUGCCUUAGCUUCUGUGAUGGCAGGCCUUUGUUAUGCAGAAUUUGGUGCUCGUGUUCCAAAGACUGGCUCUGCCUAUCUGUAUACUUAUGUAACUGUUGGCGAACUCUGGGCUUUUAUUACUGGCUGGAAUCUCAUUUUGUCCUAUGUCAUAGGUACAUCAAGUGUAGCAAGAGCAUGGAGUGGCACCUUUGAUGAACUUCUUGGGAAACAAAUUGGUUAUUUUUUCAGAACCUACUUCAGAAUGAAUUAUUCUGGUCUAGCAGAGUAUCCAGAUUUUUUUGCAGUCUGUCUUAUAUUGCUCCUAGCAGGUCUGUUAUCAUUUGGAGUAAAAGAAUCUGCAUGGGUGAAUAAAGUCUUCACUGCUGUUAACAUCUUGGUCCUUCUCUUCGUUAUGACUUCUGGUUUUGUGAAAGGCGACGUUAGUAACUGGAAAAUUACAGAAGGAUAUCUUAUAAACUACACAGUACAAAUACAAAACGUAUCAUCUUCUGAGAAUGUGACAAGUGAAUUUGGACUUGGUGGUUUUAUGCCAUAUGGCUUUACUGGAACUCUAGCUGGCGCUGCAACCUGCUUUUAUGCUUUCAUAGGAUUUGACUGCAUCGCAACAACUGGGGAAGAAGUCAAGAAUCCCCAGAAAGCCAUUCCUAUUGGAAUUGUAACUUCCUUACUUGUCUGUUUUCUGGCUUAUUUUGGGGUUUCAGCUGCUUUAACUCUUAUGAUGCCAUACUACUUACUAGAUGAGAAAAGUCCUCUUCCAGUAGCAUUCGAGUAUGUUGGAUGGGGCCCAGCGAAAUAUGUUGUAGCAGUGGGAUCUCUGUGUGCUUUAUCAACAAGUCUCCUUGGAUCCAUUUUCCCAAUGCCACGUGUAAUCUAUGCUAUGGCGGAGGAUGGGUUGCUUUUCAAAUGUCUAGCUCAAAUCAACCCCAAAACGAAGACUCCAGUUGUUGCUACUUUAUCAUCGGGGGCUGUGGCAGCUCUAAUGGCUUUUCUCUUUGACCUAAAAGCCUUAGUAGACAUGAUGUCUAUUGGUACACUUCUUGCGUACUCGCUGGUAGCAGCUUGUGUUCUCAUUCUUAGGUACCAACCCAGUUUAAACUAUGAGCAACCAAAAUACUCAGCAGAAAAAGAGGCUCUUGAUGGACCAGAAACAGAAUGUACAAGUGAAUCUCAAAUUAGUAUGAUACCAGGGCAUGGUUUUAGCCUACAAACACUGAUUAAUCCAUCAAGUUUGCCAACAGAACAGUCUGCUACCAUAGUUAGCUUUCUUGUGAGUCUGUUGGCUUUGCUGGUUUGUGGCUUAAGCAUUCUGACCACCUACGGAAUUCAUUUCCUUGCCAAUCUGGAACUUUGGAGUAUCUGUCUCCUUGCAGCUCUUUCAGUACUGUUUGUCGUCAUAGUACUUGUCAUCUGGAGGCAACCUCAGAGUCAACAGAAAGUGGCAUUUAUGGUUCCACUCUUGCCAUUGUUGCCAUCUUUGAGUAUCUUAGUGAAUAUAUACUUGAUGGUGCAGCUAAGUGGAGGGACUUGGAUCCGGUUUAGCAUCUGGAUGGCGCUUGGUUUGCUUAUUUAUUUUGCUUACGGCAUCCGACACAGCGUGGAAAGUCAUCCAAGGGAAGAAGAUGAUGAUGAAGACAGUUGCUCAGAAAAAAGUGAAACUCCAGAAAAGAGCUAUGUGGGAAGUGCAAACGAGCAGGAAAAUGCGAGUGAAAGUGCUCAGUUUAUUACACAUGAAAGGACAAGCGAAUGUUGAGGGUUGCUGACCGCCAUUUGUCUUUCCCGCAGUAAACUAACAGAAUGUAGUUGCUGGGAGUAAAAAAUGGUCAAACAAUUGCUAUUUGUGCUUUGUGAUAACAUCUACUAGAAAAUAUGAAAGAUGAUCUAGGCUGGCUGCUAGAUAUAUCAUCCAAAGGAGAUUUUCUCAGGUGGUGGUUACCUGAAGUGAAACUACCAAGGAAGUGGAGGGGAAGAAGCUUUCCAUUGGGCUGUUCUUACCUGUCUGUCAUGCUAAAAAUGUUGGGAAUGAUCUUAGCAACAUCCUACAACUUUAAUUAUCAGGACACCCUAAAACUAAUUCCUUGGGAGUAUCUAAAAGUGGGGAGUUGAGCAUUGGAGACAUUGGAGACAUGUGUUUUUGUUUCUAUGUUUUAAAAAUGUGAUAGCAGUGUUAAAUAACCAUGUCACUAGAUGUUUGCAGCCUUUCUUCCAUCACAGAAAUGUUAAUUCUUGAAAAAUUAUUUUAAAAAUACAGCUAAGUGGGUUGGUAGGGAAUACCCAGAGGAGAAAUUUGGCAUAUCUUAGCAAUGCUGUGUAGUGCAUAUCUAUAAAAUAAUGAUAU